GAGAAAUGAAACUAAAUGGUCCUGCCCUGUCAGCAUUCACUGGAGUAUAAGAAAUGGGCUUUGGACAGACAGACAGACUCCUGGGGCCUGCCAACCAUCAAAAUGUCCAAAGGGCCUCUUAUUCUCUGGCUGCUGAUUGAGCUUGGGCGGCUUUCUCUGACUUCACCUGUACCAGAGACCGUGAGAGCGUAUUUGGGUCAGACGGUGACUUUGCCCUGUAAGUACUCAUCCUGGGCUCACAGCAGGAACAGCAUGUGCUGGGGCAAGGGUGAGUGUCCCAAAUCCAAAUGCAGCCAGGAGCUUCUCCACACCGAUGGGAUGAGGGUACUGUCCAGGAAGUCACCAAAAUAUGAUCUUCAGGGCAGUAUCUGGAGAGGCAAUGUCUCCUUGACCAUCUUCAACACCAGUGAAGAUGACAGCAGUAUGUACUGCUGCCGUGUAGAGGUCCCUGGCUGGUUCAAUGAUGUGAAGAAGAACAUUCGCCUGCAAUUGAGGAGAGCCCCAGCAACCAGGCACUCAACAACGCGUCUCCCAACUACCACCACUGCUCUGAUGACAACACCUGAGCUCACAACCAGAACACGACUUCAGACAAGAACCACCACUGCCCUCACAACAGUGGCAGUGACAUACCCUCCAGCAACAUCAACCUUUCUUUUUGAAGUCACCACAGUGCUUCCAACCACUGAGCUUUCCAUGGAAGGGCCCAUCCUCACUGCAGAGUCAGAAACUUUCUUUCUCUCCAUUGGCCCUGAGAGAAGCACUGAGGUGACUUCUGGAAACACUGCCUUACUUACAUCCAAAGAGUCCAAAGGUUGGUUCCUCCAGUCAACAUUCCAGGAGUCAACGUGGGAAAUGAGUGACUCAGUGACGUUUCCUCAGAUAAGAGCAACGGAGACAGAAAUGUCUGUGCCAAAUGGAGUAGAAUCAGAACAGGUAAAAAGGGCCAUCAGCUCCGCCCUGCUAAUGAUCAUCAUUCCCUCCCUGGGAUUCGGGCUGUUGGUGCUGCUUGUGGCGUUCUUCCUUCGAGGGAAAGUCAUGAAAACCAGUUGGUUCCCGAAACACACAAGGCUAGACAAUGUUGGAGAAUGUAAAAACAACUUUGAUGACAUGCAGCAUGGAAGAGAAGACGAAGAUGGUCUUUUCACACUCUAAUGUGCCACUUUUUCUCAGGAUUGAGGACCGGGGCAUGAUGCGGGAAUUGUCAAAAUAAGUCUUAGAAUGUGUUGUUUUGUUUUGUUUUUAAAGCCCCAUCUAUUCUAUUGGUGUCAUGAUCCAGUCUUGCUUUAAUGUCACAAGUGAAAGUACUUUAGAGACCUUUAGCACCUUCUCUGCCAGGUGUUUUAAUCUCCUGGGUAGCAUCACGGUAAAUGAUCUUCCAGACUGUGCUUGAAUAAUUUCGGUGAUGGUGAGCUCACUACCACAUCUAAAGGAGAUCAUUCAAUCUCAGGUAGUUUUGAGACUUAGAAAUAUUUAAAACAAAGUCUGUCUCUGGACAGCAUCUGCCUAUGGAUCAUAGUGGAACUUACUGUGUUUACACAGAACAUGUGUAAUCUCUCUUCUCUCUGGCAGCACUCCAGAUACUGGACGGAGGGCCUCAUGUCUCUCCAAAUUGCCCUGUGUCAGGGACACGAUUUCUGGUUCCUUCUCUACCCUAGUUGCCUUUGGCUCCUAUGCAUUUGUAUCUCGCUGUUUAUGCCCAACUUUUGGAGUGCAGCGCCCCCCUCCAGGGAUGGUAGGAGCAACCAUGGGUCUGGGUCUCAUCAAUAAUGCCAGAAGCGAUGUAGAACUGCACCAUAAUUUUGGCUCACAUUUUCUUUUUUGAGAAAAAAUUCUCCCUUAACCAGGGCUCUGUGGGGGCGGGUGUGGUGGCCCAGAGUCAGGAGUUUCCUGCGGCAGUAGGCAAAGGUCCCGGUGGAGGUGGGUAUCAGAGACCUCACUGAAGCUGGCAUUUGCCUGGACUCCCCGUCUGCAGUCCUUCCCCUCUCCGAUUUGUUCUUCAAGCUGUGGCAGAGAUCUCCUUUUCUAAAUGCAGAUCAGAGAGCCCUGUCUCCCGACUUCUGCUGUGGAAGAAGCACCUGGACUCAGUCUGAGGCCCCAGGCAGCUGCCACAGAUGAGUGAGGCAAGGGAAGUGCUGGGGCUGUUCUAAGUGCAACAUACCUGUGUCCACUUGAAGACUUUACCACUCCAACUUAGUUAGGAUAACGUCCUGGGCAAGCAACACGUGGCCACGGGCUGGAACAAGGCAACCAGUCUGAGACUCCAAAGUCCAGGAGGUAGGGUAUGGGUUUUUCCAACUGAUGAAUUAAUAAAUACAUAAUUCUUACGCUGAAACUUCCUGGUCAGGGGAGAUUGUUGGUCUAGUUCUCUCUUUCCCUCUCCGUGUAAUCAGGAUGAAUUGGUAGUCUCCUACAAAUAACUUCCUAGUAUCUAGGGCCCAGGAGAGAGGAUCACUUCACUUAGAGAGCUUAAAAACCUAAAUGAGAUGGAACACACAUGGGAAAUGCAACAGAAUGGAAUCAGUGUUGAUUUUCCAUUUGCACAAGGAAGGACUUUGAUGGAGACGUGGUUCUUACAGCUAAUUUUUACAUGGUGGGUUCACAAUCCAACCUUGAGGGUUUAGAACAACCUAUUUCUGCAACCUUGACCUUGGCCUUUCUAGACUAAAUCAAAGAUAACAUCCAAUCCUUAAACAGCAUUUGCUAUGGUCUAGGUAUCCUACUAAGUGUUUCAAGGCAAUUUCUCAUGGAAUCCUCACAGCAGCCCAGUAAAACAGAUAUAUUACUCCUGCUUUUGGAGUGGAGAAAACAGAAGCAGAGAGAAGCGAAGGAACUUGCCCAAGGUCACAUGGACCAACCCCCUAUGACAGAGCAGGGCCUUGAACCAGGCUGGAAGGACUCCACACUCUUAACCACUACCCUGUACUUCACAGAAGGGCCUUAAUUUAACAUUCCGUGCAUACAGAACUGCAGUAUUGGCCUCCGUUGGGUCCAAAUGGAUUUUAGUUUGCUCAAAUCCAUGGUGGCCUGAGUGUUUUGAUGGUUCUCCAAUCCCAACCCCUUUAUAGCUCAAUCUUCCCUUGUCCCCAUAUUAUUUGCUCAGAAUCUUAUUUGCAUUCGCAGAGAGAGCCACAAGUGGAGAACCUAGCAGGAACCUUAAUGAAGCCAGGUGGGACACAUUUAAAUGGGAAUGUGUUGAACCAACUCAUGAAGAGCUGGAGCCAGCUGUCAGCAGGCUUAAUGAAAGGUUAACAGGAAUCCGGCAAUGGGUGGCUGAAGAGACUCUUUAUCUCUCUAAAGAAAACAAAAAUUUGAGAAGUGAGCUCCCUGGGUGAAGGCAAGAUCAGAAGGAGGAAGCCACUUAUAACCAAAAGGCUGGGUCUCAAAAUAGAAUUUCAUUUGGAUUUGUAAACAUGUUAUAGUCGUUAAAAAAAAAAGGCAUUGUGAGUUCUCAGCUCUCUGAACAUCAAAGAACAGCGAAGAGAAGGAUGCUGGAAUAAGAUGAAUGCUAAUACUGUUAUGAGGGUCUUGGAGUGUGCUGGAGAUAGCUGCUCACGAAACAGAAGAUGUGUUUACUUUCCAUCUGAGCUGGAAAGGUGCUGUUUGGAGGUUGUAUGCUUUAUCCGUGCUGCAUAUGGAGUGGGGGUUGGGUGUCCAGGAAAGACCCUGACUAAUCCAGCAAUUCAACUCCCACGUUUUAUCUGAUGAAACUGAGGCCCAGACUGACAGGGACUGAGUUACCCCAGGCUACACAGGAACCCAGUGCCAGAGGACAGACCUCAACCAUGUCUCCCGAACUUCUCUCUGUGGCCAUGUCAUAAACCUGUUCUUGGAUUUUCUAGGUCCACCUGGAUCUGCCUGAUUAUUUACCCUUCUGAGGUCACAUUAAGUUCCUGGUGCAUGCAACUCAGCAUUUCUUUCCCUUGAACCAUCUUUCCCAGCACACCCUUGGCCCUGUGGUGGACUCCCGUUCCCAGAAAGAGGAAUGAGAAUGUGGAAGUGCAAAGCCUGGCUGUUCUGUUGCUUUAUGAAGAACACCGCCGUAAUGAGGGUGACCAAAUUGUCCCAUUUUAAAACUCAAAGUCCCACAUGCUGGGAACCCCUUCAGGAGCCCCUAAUGACUGUAACAUGUUUACAGAUCCAGGCAAACUGGGAUGAUUGGUCCACUUAAGUCUGUAACUAAACCAGAGAUGGAAACAACCACCCUCUGAGUUCUUGACUCUCUUGCAGUGAUCAUUUUUUUGCUGCAAUAGUACCCAAGUGGAAUUUAAUUUGUUUAGAUCCAGUCUUAAAAUAGACUACUAAAUCUAGAUGCUAGACCCUUAUUAAUCAAAACAUGGGGCUCAGACCAUGCCAUGGAUAUCACCUGGGAGCUUGUUAUCCAUGCAGAAGGUCGGUCCCCACCGUACAGCCCAGAAUCAGAAUCUGCAUUUUAAUGAGAUUUCCAUGUUAUUCGUAUGAACAUUAAAAAUUGAGAAAUACUGGCCUAAAGUAUUGAUUUUUAAAGUCAGCUGCACAUGGAAAUCAUAUGGGGAUUUCAGUAAUUAAAAAUACCGAUGUUUGACUCCUCUCUAGGAUCCUGAUUUUAAUGGGCAUGGGGGAGACCUGGCUCUCAGGAGUUCUUAGACCACCUCGGAUAACACUAAGGCACAGCAAUGACUGUAAGCCACAAUUCUGAAGGGAGGGCAGCUUCACACCAGAAGGAAUUGUUGCUAAUUCAUCAGGACAACUUUUGGCCUAAGUUACAAGUUUAUGUGGGUCUAGUACCCCACAUGAUUUUGCUCAAAGAGAUGGUCAAUAAAAUUGUUCAAGAAGAUCUGAGGAGACAUGAUAAUGACCUAAAUGUCCCAAUUACUAUGGAUGAGGCCCAUUAAAGUAAUUAAAAACCAAGAUAUAAUAUUUGGUCUGUGGAAAGUGAUAAUGAGAAAACAGAAAAGAUAAAUGGAGAAAGAAUGUCUGGGGGUCAAAGGGGUGCUAUUAAUCUUUCAGAGACAUCAGAGGGAUAAUGAGAUUAUGCUAAGAUUAUAAGAGAAACAUGGAAGACUGAUUAAGUGGAAACCUUUGUUGCAGAAUAAAGAACUUGGUAAAAAGGCAACUCUCUGUCCUUUUGUACCUAAAAAUAAUGGGAGACCCUUCUUAGGGCACAGUUAUUCAUUGUCUUAGAAAGAUGGUAUUCAGCUGCAAGUAAGAGAAUACUAAAAAGAGUGACUUAAUUAAAGACUUUUAAUUAGUUCACAUAACUGGAAAUCUGGAUUUAGGCUGUUUGAUGGUUGGUUCAGCAGCUUCAUGGAAAUGAGAUAUUGGAGUCUCUGUGGCUUCUUUUGGCUUGUCCCCCAAGGUUGCAAUAUGGCUGUCAUAGCUCUAAUGUGCCCUCACACAAAAGGAUCCCAAACAGGAAGGCAGGAGGUGGAAGGGAAUGGAACUUUCCCCCUAAUAUGACUUUUAUCCUUUAUCAAAAAGGGAAAUCUGCCAUAGAAGUUACCAGAAGACCCUCCCAUAUGCUUCAAUGGACAUGUACUUCACUGGACCACAUGCCACCCUUUGGCCAAGGGGAAUGAGAGAUCUGGGACUAAUUUACACCAAUCAUGACUCAGCCCCCGGGGUGUACACAUGGCCACUUAGCCAAAAUUUACAAUGAGCAUGGGAGAAACUGAGAAUGGCUCUUGGGUCAACAACCUUGAUUCCCGGCACACUCACUCAUCCAACCAAAGUGUCUUGGGUGUCUCCUAUGUGCCAAAGGGCCCUGUUGGGUGCUGGGCUGUAGGAAUGAACUGGACAGACUGAGUCCCUCUUCCCUGACAGCUUAUAGUCUACAGAGCCACCUCCAUCUGUAUUAUGCAUUCUGUGAUUCCAAAUGUUUGGAUCAUUGUUAAUGUAUCUGAGAGGCAAAAGAAUGAAGGGAUUUAAACAGGAUAAGAGUUUAGAAAUUCUGCAUACACACCUUCUUGAAGCUGGGGAGCUGAACCUCUCAUGCAAGUGUCAGGAGUCAAUCAAGGAAUGAGGCAGAAAUAUUCAGCCCUGGUAGAUGAAGAAAAUUGUAGCAAAAAUUCUUAGCCACAGUGAAACUUUGUAAGUAUGGCAGAGAGUAGGCAGCUUGGUAAAGCGCAAUGGUAGAGUAAGGGAAAUAACCUCUUCUGUGUUUCUAUGCAGUUUCCUACUUUUUAAGAGUUUCCAAACCCACAGUACUC